ACGCGCCCCGCUCAUUAGCAUGUCAUUAGCAUGUGACGCGGGAAAGGCGGAAGCGGGGAUGGGGCGGUGCGGGGCCGGCCUGCGCCUGGCCCUGGAGGGGAACAUCGCCGUGGGGAAAUCGACCUUCCUGAAGCUGCUGGGAGCCACCUUCCCGCGAUGGCACCUGGUGACAGAGCCCGUGGCACAGUGGCGGAGGGUGCCGGCCGGGGGCACUGCCCAGGAAUCCCCGGGCUCCACCAACCUCCUCCAGAUGAUGUACCAGGAGCCGGCCCGGUGGUCCUACACCUUCCAGACCUUCUCCUGCAUGAGCCGGCUGAAGGCGAUGCUGGAGCUGCCAGAGGAGCCCCCCGGGACCCCCCACCCCGUGAGGGUCUUCGAGCGCUCCGUGUACAGCGACAGGUACAUCUUUGCCAAGAGCCUCUUUGAGGUUGGGCACCUGAAUCCUCUGGAAUGGGCCAUUUACCAGGACUGGCACGGCUUCCUGCUGCAGCACCUGGGCCCCCGUGCCACCCUGCAUGGCUUCCUGUACCUGAGGGCAACCCCACAGGUGGGCGUCCGUGGGAACAGGGAUGUGGGAGGCAUUUGGAUCCACCUGGAUAUCCCAGCAGGCACCUGGAAUUGCCCAAAAUGUUGGGGUUUAGCCAUAAAUCGCCCCCCUGGAGGAGCAGGGCUUGCUGCUGUUCCCAUGGGAAUGUUGGUGGGAAUUUUGCUGUGGAUUCUGGAGCAGGUUUUGGGGAGGGAGGGCUGCAGCAUCUUCUGGGGUCCCUCCCGUGGGAAUGUGGAGGCCUUUGUGACAUCCCUCGGGGCCGAUCCCUCACCGUCACAUCCCGGUGCUCUCUGAGCACAUCCUGGUACCCUCCGGAGCCGGGAAAGGGCAUCACCCGCCUGGAGAUCCAACACCAAGGACAAGGGACAAAUCCUGGUCCCCAACCGCCCCCUCAGCCCAUUUAUUCUGGGCGAGGGGUGGAUUUGAGGCGCUCUGGGAUGGUUUUAAGGCAGAUAAUCAGAGCGCAGCCGUGGGAUGAGUUUUGGGGUGUCAGGGUGGACUCCCCACGCUCCCCCUG